AUGAAGUUCUCACUUGCAUCCUCGCUGGCGCUUUUAGUGGCCGUCAAUGAGGCGAAGAAUGUCCAGCGAAAUAUCCAAGCUCGUUCUUCAUACAAUCCCAAGCGUGCUCGACAGCUUCCAGCAGACCCGGUGGGCGUGAAAACAAUCACUACACCCCAAAAUAUAACCAUCAGGUAUAAGGAGCCUGGGAAGGAAGGAGUCUGCGAAACUACACCGGGAGUGAAUUCCUACUCAGGAUAUAUCGACCUCGAUGAAAACUCUCAUACAUUCUUCUGGUUUUUUGAAGCGAGACACAAUCCGAAGGAGGCACCUAUAACUCUCUGGCUUAAUGGCGGGCCUGGUUCAGACUCGAUGAUUGGACUUUUUGAGGAACUCGGUCCCUGCCAUAUCUCCAAAAACCUUUCUUCAUACGUCAACCCUUACUCCUUCACCGAAAUCUCCAACGUGCUCUUUUUGUCGCAGCCAUUGGGUGUUGGCUUUUCAUACUCGGAGGAAGAAGCUGGGACCAUUAAUCCUGUUGAUUAUUCCGUCGAAAAUUCAAGUUUCGCGGGUGUUGAUGGAAGAUAUCCGGUGGUUGAUGCCAGUAUCCUAGACACUACGGAUCUUGCUGCUAUUGCUUCUUGGCAUGUGCUACAAGCUUUCCUCGGCGGGUUACCAAGCCUUGAUUCGAACGUCACUUCGAAAGAAUUUAAUUUGUGGACAGAAAGCUAUGGUGGACAUUAUGGACCUGCAUUCUACAAUUAUUUUUACGACCAAAAUCAAUUGAUUGAGAAUGGGACGAAUCAAGGAAUUGCCCUCAAUUUCAACACGCUAGGUGUCAUCAACGGAAUUAUUGAUGAGGCUAUUCAAGCUCCCUACUACCCCGAGUUUGCUGUCAAUAACACCUACGGAAUUAAAGCAUAUAACGACACGGUGUACGAUUUUGCAAAAUUUGCGUUAAAUAUGGCAAACGGUUGCUUAUCUCAGAUCGAGUACUGCAGAGCUACCAAUAUUUCUUCUGCGACUGACUACGCUAUCUGCACCGAGGCAGCGAACUUAUGUAGGGAUACCGUUGAGGGUGUCUACUACAGUAUUGGAGAGCGUGGUACUUAUGAUAUCCGUCAUCCAUAUGACGACCCAACUCCAGAGAGCUACUUUGUAGAUUAUCUCAACUUGCCGUCUGUAGCGAAUGCGCUCGGUGUAAACCUCAACUACACUGAAGACGCAAACAACGAUGUCUAUUAUGCCUUCCAACAGACUGGAGACUUCGUCUUCCCAGAUUUUAAAGACGACGUGGAGUUGCUUUUGAAUAACAGCGUCCGAGUUGCUCUCAUUUAUGGGGAUGCUGAUUACAUCUGUAACUGGUUCGGUGGUGAGGCCGUCUCGCUGGGCGUCGACUACACGCACAAGGAGGAAUUUGCAGCAGCAGGGUACACACCUUUCUUGGUAGAUGAUACCGAGUAUGGUGAAGUAAGACAGUAUGGGAACUUUUCUUUCCUUCGUGUGUACGAGUCUGGUCACGAGGUUCCUUACUACCAACCAAAAGCAAGUCUCGAAUUGUUCAAACGCGUACUCCUCCACCUAGAUGUCGCAGACGGAACCAUUCCAAUCACAGGAAACUUUUCAACAUCGGGUGAUGCACAUGCCACUCACACUAAUUCUUUCGUCCCUCUGCCAUCAACGUCGAGCUCUGCAAGCGCUUCCGCUUCAGCAGCACUGCACCAGCCGAUUAUUCCGAGAAAGUUGUAG